CGCCGCCGCCGCCGCCGCCGCCGCCGCCGCCGCCGCUGCCGUCGUCGCUGCCGCCGCCUGAGGAGGAGCCGCAGCACCUUGGGCCACGCCGAUGACUACUGCAAACUGUGGAGCCCACGACGAGCUCGACUUCAAACUCGUCUUUGGCGAGGACGGGGCGCCGGCGCCGCCGCCCCCGGGCUCGCGGCCUGCAGAUCUUGAGCCUGCUGAUCGUACAUCCAUUUACAUCUUAAAUGUAGAUCCACCUCCAUCUACUUUACACUCACCACUUUGCUUACCACAUCAUGGAUUACCGUCUCACUCUUCUGUUUUGUCACCAUCGUUUCAGCUUCAAGGUCACAAAAACUAUGAAGGAACAUGUGAGAUUCCUGAAUCUAAGUACAGUCCAUUAGGUGGCUCAAAGCCCUUUGAAUGCCCAAGUAUUCAAAUCACAUCCAUCUCUCCUAACUGUCAUCAAGAAAUAGAUGCUCAUGAAGAUGAUCUCCACAUAAAUGAUCCAGAAAGGGAAUACUUGGAAAGGCCUUCUAGAGAUCACCUCUAUCUUCCUCUUGAGCCAACCUACCGGGAGUCUUCCCUUAGUCCUAGUCCUGCCAGCAGCAUCUCUUCUAGGAGCUGGUUCUCAGAUGCAUCUUCUUGUGAAUCUCUUUCACAUAUUUAUGAUGAUGUGGAUUCAGAGUUGAAUGAAGCAGCUGCCCGAUUUACUCUUGGAUCCCCUCUGACUUCUCCUGGUGGCUCUCCUGGGGGCUGCCCUGGAGAAGAUUCCUGGCAUCAGCAGUAUGGACUUGGACACUCCCUGUCACCCAGGCAGUCUCCUUGCCACUCUCCUAGAUCUAGCAUCACUGAUGAGAAUUGGCUGAGUCCCAGGCCAGCCUCAGGACCAUCUUCGAGGCCCACUUCCCCCUGUGGGAAACGGCGGCAUUCUAGUGCUGAGGUUUGUUAUGCUGGAUCCCUUUCACCCCAUCACUCACCUGUUCCUUCUCCUGGUCACUCCCCUAGGGGUAGUGUAACAGAAGAUACCUGGCUCAAUGCGUCUGUCCAGGGUGGAUCGGGCCUUGGCCCUACACUUAUUUCAUUUCAGUACUAUGUAGACACUGAUAUCCCUCUGAAGACCAGGAAGACAUCUGAAGAUCAAGCUGCCAUACUACCAGGAAAAUUAGAGCUGUGUUCAGAUGACCAAGGGAGUUUAUCACCAUCCCGGGAAACUUCAGUAGAUGAUGGCCUUGGAUCUCAGUAUCCUUUAAAGAAAGAUUCAUCCGGUGACCAAUUUCUUUCAGUUCCUUCACCCUUUACCUGGAGCAAACCAAAGCCUGGUCACACCCCUAUAUUUCGCACAUCUUCGUUACCUCCACUAGACUGGCCUUUACCAACUCACUUUGGACAAUAUGAGUUGAAAAUAGAAGUGCAGCCUAAAACUCAUCAUCGAGCGCAUUAUGAAACCGAGGGUAGCCGAGGAGCUGUAAAAGCGUCAACUGGGGGACAUCCUGUUGUAAAGCUCCUGGGCUAUAGUGAAAAGCCAAUAAGUCUACAGAUGUUUAUUGGAACAGCAGAUGAUCGAUAUUUACGGCCUCAUGCAUUUUACCAGGUUCAUCGAAUCACAGGGAAGACUGUUGCUACAGCGAGCCAAGAGAUAAUAAUUGCCAGCACAAAAGUUUUGGAAAUUCCACUUCUUCCAGAAAACAACAUGUCAGCCAGUAUUGAUUGUGCAGGUAUUUUGAAACUCCGCAAUUCAGAUAUAGAACUUCGAAAAGGAGAAACUGAUAUUGGCAGAAAGAAUACUAGAGUCCGACUUGUGUUUCGUGUACACAUCCCUCAGCCAAAUGGAAAAGUCCUUUCUCUGCAGACAGCUUCUAUACCUGUUGAGUGUUCCCAGCGGUCUGCUCAGGAACUUCCUCAUAUUGAGAAGUAUAGUAUCAACAGCUGUUCUGUAAACGGAGGUCAUGAGAUGAUUGUGACAGGAUCUAAUUUUCUUCCAGAAUCCAAAAUUAUUUUUCUUGAAAAAGGACAAGAUGGAAGACCUCAGUGGGAGGUAGAAGGGAAAAUAAUCAGGGAAAAAUGUCAAGGGGCUCACAUAGUCCUUGAAGUUCCUCCGUAUCAUAACCCAGCAGUUACAGCUGCUGUGCAGGUGCACUUUUAUCUUUGCAAUGGCAAGAGGAAGAAAAGCCAGUCUCAACGUUUUACUUACACACCAGUUUUGAUGAAGCAAGAACACAGAGAAGAGAUUGACUUGUCUUCAGUUCCAUCGUUGCCUGUGCCUCAUUCUACCCAGAGCCAGAGGCCUUCCUCAGAUGCAGGACACCUCCGUGAUGGUGUACUGUCAGCACAGAGAAACUUGGUUUGUCCUGUUCAGCAAACAUAUGGAUCCCUGAUAACCUCAUCCCAUCUGACACAGUUGCAGUGUAGGGAUGAGCGUGCUGGUAAAGAACAGCACGUGCUACCGUCUUCAGUCAUUCACCAGCCUUUUCAAGUUGUACCAACACCUGUGGCGUCUUCCUAUCAGUCUAUGCAAAGUAAUGUUGUGUACAGUGGACCGUCUUGUCUUCCUGCUAAUGCUGCCUCUAGUCAAGAAUUUGAUCCAGUUCUGUUUCAGCAGGAUACAGCUCUUCCUCGUUUAAUAAAUCUUGGCUGUCAACCACCUUCAUCCAUACCAUUUCAUUCCUCGAAUUCAGGCUCAGCAGGACAUCUCUUACCCCAUUCACCUCAUUCUAUGCAGACCCUGCCUCAUCUGCCAUCAACAGGAUACCAUUGCCCGAACACAGGACAAAGAUCUCUUUCUUCUCCUGUAGCCGAUCAGGUCACAGGCCAGCCUUCCCCUCAGUUACAGCCUAUUACGUAUAGCCCGUCACAUUCAGGACCUGCUCCAACAGCCUCCCCAGCAGCCUCUUGUCCCCUGGCCAGUUCGCCACUUUCUGGGCCCUCAUCACCAUCUCCUCAGCUGCAGCCUAUGCCUUACCAGAAUCCUAGCUCAGGAACUGCCUCAUCACCGUCUCUGACCACCAGAAUGCAUUCUGAUCAACAUUCAACUCAAGCACAAAGUACAGGCCAGGGAGGUCUUUCUGCUCCUUCAUCCUUAAUAUGUCACAAUUUGUGUGAUCCAGCUUCAUUUCCACCUGAUGAGUCAACUGUGAACAUUAAACCUGAACCUGAAGAGCAUGAGCCUAACUUCUCAACUAUUGGUCUUCAGGACAUCACUUUAGAUGAUGUGAACGAGAUCAUUGGGAGAGACAUGUCCCAGAUUUCUGUUUCCCGAGGAAGAGGGGUGAGCAGGCAGCCUCCCCUCCCUGGUCCCGAGUCCCUGGAUUUAGGAAGAUCCGAUGGGCUCUGACAGCCUUGGUCCACCACCAUGUACUUCUCAGCAUGUUUCUCUCCUUGGACCUUGGGUUUCUAACUCGGCAGCCUUCAGGACUCAUGCCAGAAGUUGGGAUCAUUGUGUGGGGAAUGCAACGUUUCUCCACCUCAGGCCUUGGGUAGAUUUUAUAGAACAGGAGCAGCUGAGGCUGUUUGAGCUUUGCUUUUUAUAUUUAAAUAGAUCCUUUUAUAUGAUGGGUGCUUCGAGUGUAAAUGCAGCAGACUCCAUUUCAGAGGUGCUGCUUUAUGCAGGUAACCUGGUUGCUUAGGUAGGAUUGGUGAUUUGUACUGCUUUAUGGUCAUUUAAAGGGCCCUUUAGCUUUGAUAUUUUUAAAAUAAGAAUUUUUGAUAAAAUCUUCCAGAGGCAAACAUCAACAAAAAACCCUCAGCCCAUUCUAUGCCUCAGAAACUCAGCAUGUGUCCUGAAGCCUUUCAUAGACUCAUAGGAAAUAAAGCCAAAUGUAGCUCAUACUUUAUAAAAGUAAAUUGGUAGGUAAAAUGAAAAGAGACCAUUCCAAUCAUUGAAAUGUUGGAAUAGAAAAUGACAUUCCAGAGCAUAGCCUUUCUGCCACUUUCUAGGUACAGUUUUCCCACAGUCUCUCCAUGACCAACACCACGUGGAAGUAGCUUUUCCCCCUCAGGGCCUUGGGUCAGGUGACUUUUCCGGGUCAGGCUGUGAGCACGGGAGUUUCUAUUUCCUGCCAUCCUGCAAACAAGUAGGCUACUGAGUGCUCUUCCUCUUUGUAUCCUGUGGAUUCCGAUCUUUUCCAAGUGGGAGCAGCUACAGUUUGCUGCCCUUUAACCUUAGAAGCCACAGUCUCAUCCGGGUCCUCUGCCUUGUUGGUUCUGUCUUGUCUCCAGAAGCCAGACUGUCAGGAACUAAGCACAAAUGAGAAUUGCUGCAGCUCAGUAGCAGAGAAAAUGAAGGACUUCAGAUGGGACAUGUUUAAGACCCACGCCGGCCUGGAAGGGCAACCCCUCAUUCUGUUUACAGCCUAAAAUUAUCCUGGCUUUCCCUGUCCCGUCUGUGUGGCCUAAAAAUUGGACUUUUCCCUAAAAGGGUUUUAGGCUAUUUAAACAAAGAAAAGAAAAAUCAGCGGGUAGGGCAUUUGCCUUGCACGCAACUGACCCGGGUUCAAUCCCCGGCAUCCCAUAUGGCCCCCUGAGCACCCCCAGGAGUGAUUCCUGAGUACAGAGCCAGGAGGAACCCCUGAACAUCGCCGGGCGUGACCCAGAAUCAUUGACCUGACCCUCUACACCAAAGAUGCCCUGGUGCUGCUGCUGGUGGAGCUGGCGCCCAAGGCAGGGCCAGCAACGAGCUCCAGCCUGCCUUCUAACCAAAGGAGAGCCCCAAUUGGGUGCUAUUUUCAAACCCUGCCCAAACCCCUCAUCUUAAUGGGACCCCAGUUCAAAAACCCUCAGGGCUAUGUUUUCCUUUUGAAACGUUGCUUUCCUUUUUUCAGGAUGUAAAUUUUUGAGUACCUGCAUGUGAGAGAAGUUGCUGGGCUGAUCAAAGGUUUAAUGUAAUUUCAGGUCAUUUCAUUAUGGGCCAGGACUCUCCACUGAAGCCGAGUGAGGUGUGGGGGGUGUUAGCCCUGCUCAACACCCUUCUUAUCUAGUUGGGUAGACGCUAUUGACCCAGGAUGAGGCACUGUGGGUGGGUCUUUUUUCUUCCUUUUUUUCUUUAAAAAAAACCAAUGAUGUUUUAGAUUUCUUCCCCCUCAAACUAGAGAAAAAUAUUCUGCAAAUUACUCUGGUCUCACUUUGGAGCUGGGUGAGUCAUUAGAUUUAUUUUGAAAAUGAGCUUUGUGUCAAGUGUGAACAGUGAGACUUGCUUCAGGGCCUAUCGUCGGAAGCCCACAGCUUCCUUUGGGUGGGCAGGUGGGUGGGGGGACGUGUGUCAGGGGACAGGCUGGCCUGAGCUCCAGAGACCUGGCCAGAUUUCCUUCUCCCCAACUCUCUUGCCCCUGGCGUAGCCGCCUCACAUAGGGUUCUUGCAAGUUUCUUUUGCAAGACUUUGGGGGUUGCUCUACUGCCCUCCAGAAUAAAAACCUCUAUGGUUCAGAGUUGCUAUGCACCAAGUUUUGAUGCCUUUUAAAUACCUUGAUGCCUGUAGCACUAGAAAUGCUUUCCUAUUUAAAAUAAAAAGUUAAAUUUUAAAAGAGCUUUGUAUACUAUAUAAGCAGUUUUAUAAGAGCUUUGGUGUAAGAGUCUAUUUUUUUGGCUUUGUAGAUAAAAACUUAAAUUUUUGUGCAACCUAGUGUCAUUUAAGCACACAUCCAAUGGACUAUGCAAAUUUCUAAUAGCAGCACCAACCAGCCAGGCCUGUGUGUGCACCCUCACCCUGCACUCCAGCCCCUUGGAAGAAUGGGGUAAUCAGCCUUCUGCUUAUUGGAGGCGCAGAGAAACAUAGCUGAAGAAAGUUGGAAAAAAGGAACUGGAUGAUUGAAGGUUCACAUGUGGUGCUGCCACCCCGGGCUGCACCCAGUCUGCUGGGUCUGGCAGUAAAACCCCAUUUGGGAUAUUCGGAACAGAGGGUCUUUCAGACUCAGAUGAUUGCAACCAUGUAUUUCAGAAAAUGGAUGAUGUUCAGUUGAGGAACUGGUUCUCAGGUAUGUUUACAGCACUUGGGAUUGUGUUUUCUUGUACAUUUUGUAUUUUAAAACCUUUCAUAGGAGUACAGUGCUCCUUACACAAACACAAAGGGAAGAGCCAGCAGUUCAAGCUCCUCGGUUAACAGUGCUGAAAUAAUAAACGGUUAACAGGUGAA